UAGGCAGCGUCUGGGAAUCAGAAGAAGUCCCAUCGGGUUGGUGUAAGUCACUGAUUAUCCCCAUAUACAAGAAGGGAGACAAGUCUUCCUGUGAUAAUCACAGAGGGAUUAGCUUGACUAAUAUAGUAUCUAAAGUCUUAGGCUCAAUAAUCAUGCGUAGACUGAGUGGUGCUCGGGAAGCACAAACACGAGAGAGCCAGGCAGGCUUUAGACCAGGAAGAGGGUGUAUUGAUCAUAUCUUCACCCUCCGACAGAUUCUAGAACAUAGGCAUUCCUACCGGCGUCCAACAGUCAUUAUAUUUCUUGACCUAAAGGCAGCAUUCGACUCUGUCGAUCGGGAAGUUCUCUGGAGAUGCUUGGCUGUAAAGGGAAUUCCAAGAAAAUAUAUUGCACUGAUUAAGGCACUCUAUUCGUACUCAUACAGCCAGGUGAGGGCUUACGGCGAGCUGUCAUCUGAACUGAUGACGACCAGUGGUGUCCGUCAAGGAUGCCCAUUAUCUCCUUUUCUAUUCAACUUCAUCAUAGAUGUGUUAAUGGACUUAACCCUAGGUGACUUCAGUGACUCAGGGAUUGACUUGCUACCGGGGAAUAAUCUCGUUGACUUGGAAUAUGCAGACGAUAUAGUCCUUCUAGGCGAAGACGCUGACGAAAUGCAGAGUCUUCUAAACACCUUGAGCCGCAAUCUACGAAUGUUUGGCAUGCGAUUCGCUCCCGCCAAAUGCAAGAUGAUGUUACAGGACUGGACUACAUCGACGCCUAGUUUAAAAAUAGGAAGUGAAGUGGUAGAGCACGUUGACCGCUUCACUUAUUUGGGAAGUACCAUCAGCCAGUGCCAACGGGCUGAUCUCUGACGAAAUCUCAGCACGAAUACAAGGGGCUCGUUUCGCAUUUGUUAGUUUACGCCGACUCUGGCGUAGACGAGAUGUUCGACUAUCGACCAAAGGGCGGGUGUACUGCUCAUCAGUCCGCUCCGUCCUCCUUUAUGGUUGUGAGACCUGGCCACUGAGAGUGGAAGACAUGAAAAGACUAGCUGUCUUUGAUCAUAGGUGCCUGCGUUCUAUUUCCCGUGUAAAGUGGCAUAAUAAGGUGAGCAACAUGGAGGUUAGGCGUAGAGUUCUAGGUAAACAGGGGAAAUCAAUCGACGAAGUCGUGAAGCUACAAAGACUGAGAUGGUUAGGACAUGUGUUACGUAUGCCAAGCCAUCGCCUCCCUCGACGAGCAAUGUUAGCGGAUAUAGGGUCAGGCUGGAAAAAAGCUAGCGGCGGUCAAACAAAAACUUGGCAUCAGUCAAUGAAAUCCACAACAGUUGGUCUAAGCCACGUAGAAAGGUGUAGACUUCCAGGCUGGGGUCCUCGGGACGGUAAAAAUCUAUGGUUGGAAACAAUUGGUGACAUGGCUCAAAACCGUUCUCAGUGGCGCAGAUGCAUCCACUCCCUGUGACUUAUGAUCUUCAAUGAAACUGUUUUGUAUUUCUUUAUUACUCCUUUGUCUCACACCUCUGCUCACUGUUUCUAUUAUGCUUUUCUUGUACUUUCUUCUCUUGCUUCGCGUGCUACACGGAAUGUGGCGACUUGAACUUCCGCACAUUUGUGCAAAGUUCUAUGUCGAAAACAGACAGACAGAC